AAGAAAGACGCAGAAACUGGCCAGAAGAAAAAGAGCAGUUUCCCAGGCAAUGUGAGGUAUGAUGUCCAGGUAAAGAUAAAGAAACACAGGUGGGAACAUUACAGCAGCUGACACGGUGGAUGGAGAGAAGUGGGCCGGUGAAGAAGAGCGGGCUCUUUAAAGGCGUUUUCAUCUUCUCGCGGGAGACACUCCGUUGCUUAGCGACGGGACUCACAUCACACCCGUUAGCGUCCGGCGGGUUUUCAUCAGUCGCGUGUGCCUCUUUCGGCCUCUCAAAAGAGCGCAGCUCGUGCGGUCGGUAGACGUCAAUCAUUUCACUUUGAAAACAAACGGGGAGAAAUGGCGUCCGUCGUCGCGCAGCCUCACUUCGCCUGCGGCCUGCGGACAGGUGUGCGCAACAACUUGUGUUUCUUCGACGAGCAAACGGUGGUUUUCCCCAGCGGGAACAGCUGCGUGUGCUACGACACCGCCCAGAGGAGUCAGCGGUUCAUUCCAGCCUCGCAGGACAGCCUGCGCAUGCGCGCCCUGGCCAUCAGCGCCAACAGGCGCUACCUGGCGGUGUCCGAGGAGCGCGGCCAGAGGGCGACCAUCACCGUGUUCGACCUGCAGCACGAGCAGGGCCGGAAGAGGAAAGUGCUGACCGCGGGAGACGUGCACGCGCAGCAGUUCCCGUGCAUGGCCUUCUCGCCCGACUCCAAGUACCUGAUAGGCCAAACGGGGGGUCCGGACGGGACCCUGAUCUUCUGGCUUUGGGAAAAGCAGAAAGUCCUGGCAACAGCGAGGACCGGCACCGCGAACGCCUACGUCACCCAGGUCAGCUUCAGCCCUCACAACAACACGCAGAUAUGCGUCAGCGGCGGCGGGGUGCUGAAGCUGCUGCGCUACUCGGACGGAACCCUGAAGCAGAGCGCCGCGCCGAAGGUGGAGUCCGUCAACUUCCUGUGCCACGCCUGGGUGACGGAGGAGCGGGUGAUCGCGGGGACGGACGGAGGCAGGCUGCUGGUGUUCGAGUCGGGGAACCUCCGAAGAGAGAUCCACGUGGCUCCACAGGGGCAGUGUGACGGGCAAGUGGAGAUGAAGAAGAUCGGAGACAUCAAAGGGGGUGAAGGUCCCCGCAUCACAGCCAUUCUGUCCCACUCCAGGGGCUUUGCAUGCUCCUUGGGUCCCGGCACCGUCUGUCUCUUUGAAAGGAAUAAGGAGGACGGUUACAGAAGAAGCAGGGAGAUCCGGAUCCCAGCAGACCCACACUGCAACGAGCAGAGUCCGGCUCCGCGCCAGGAGGUCCACACCAUGUGCAUGAGUCCAGCAGAGCAGACUCUGGCCGUCAGCACGGACAGAGGACAGCUGUACAGCUUCAGCCUCUCGCCCGCGGACAUCAACCGGGAGGAACAUUUUGAGUUCCUGUCGCAGUCCUUCCACUCUAAGUCCAUCACCGGUGUGUCGGUGUGCAUCAGAAAGCCCCUGGUGGCCACCAGCUCUCUGGACCACUCAGUGCGCAUCUGGAACUACGAAACAAAGUUGCUGGAGCUGUACAAGGAGUUCCAGGAGGAGGCGCACAGCGUGGCUCUGCAUCCCACUGGCCUCUUCAUCCUGGUGGGCUUUUCAGACAAACUCAGGCUGAUGAACCUGCUCAUUGACGACAUUCGCGCCAUCAAGGAGUUCAGCGUGCACGGCUGCAGAGAGUGUGCCUUCAGCCACGGCGGCCACCUGUUUGCAGCCGUCAAUGGAAACGUCAUCCACAUCUACUCCGUCACCUCUUUUGAGAACGUCCUCAGUCUGAAGGGCCACAAUGGGAAGGUGCGAGCCGUUGAAUGGAGCCGGGACGACAGCCGGCUGGUGUCCUGCGGGAUGGACGGCGGCGUGUAUGAGUGGAACACACAGACGGGCAAGCGCGAGUCUGAGAGCGUCCUCAAGUCCUGCAGCUACACAGACGUCGCCUUCUCCUCGGACUGCAAGAGCAUCUUGGCCGUGGGAUCGGACCGCACACUGAAGGAGAUCCAGGACUGUCAGGUCCUGAGGGAGGUUCCGGCCGAUGAAGUAGCUCACACCGCGGUGACGGUGUCUCACUCUGGCAGGGUCGUCUUCACCGGCACUUCUAGUGGGACCAUCAGAGCAGUUAAAUACCCGCUACCUAUUCAGAAGGAAUGGACCGUGUACCAGGCUCACUGUGAGCCCGUCACUAAGAUGGUGAUGACGUCCGAUGACCAGUUCCUGCUCUCGGUGUCGGAGGACGGCUGCCUGUUGAUGUGGAAGCUCAUCGACAAGGAGGGCCGAGGCCUGAAGAGCCACAGGCAGAUCAUCCACACUGAGGAGAUCCUUGUCACCAAGUCAGACCUGGAGGAGAAGGCGCAGAACAUGCUGGAGCUAAAGAUGCGUCUGGAGGAGCUGCAGAUGGAGAACGAGUACCAGCUCCGCCUGAAGGACAUGAACUACAAUGAGAAGAUGAAGGAGCUUUCUGAGACGUUUACCCAGCAAAUAGAAUCUCUGGAGACAAUGCAACAGGCCACGAAGGCCGAGAUGGAAAAGCAUGCCCGAGAGCACCAGGAGAGUUCCUCAGAGGCCGCCGUGAAACACGCGGAGGAGCUGAAGGAUUUGGGGUUCUCCUGCAGCCAGAAGCUGAUUGUGGAGCACGAGAGGUACCAGGACCUUCAGCGUGAGCACCGAAGGAUGCAGGAGGACUACGAGGAGCGGCUGAGGGCGGCAGAGGAGAGCACAAGCCGGUCCCUCGAGGAGCUGACGCAGCUCUCCGAGGCCAAGCUGCAGGAGAAGACCCAGCUGCUGCUGCAGCGUCAGGAGGAAUCCCAGCAGCAGGCCCGCGAGUUCAAAGAGUUCCUGAGGCAAGUGGAGGAGGAUGAGGCGAGGAGGAGCCACGACGCGCAGAUCAACUUUGAGAAGAAACUGCACGGCGAGAAGGAGACCAACACCAAUCUGAGAAGAGAAACCGAUCUGGUGACACAAAAGUUCCACAGUCUGCAGCGACAGAUGGAUGACAGGAGCUCGGAUGUAAACAAGCUGAAGCAGGAGCGGCAGAAGCUGCUGGGGCUGAUCCGCUCCCUGGAGUGCGACAUCGAGGACCUGAAGCGGCAGAUCUCUGGACACGAACAGACCAGCAACGACAAGGACCAGACCAUCUUCAGCCUGAAGCAGAAGAACCAGGAGCUGGAAAAGUUUAAUUUUGUUCUCGAUUCCCAGUUGAGUGAGCUGAAGGAGCAAACUGAGCCUCAACAAGAUGACAUCAACGAGAAGAAGAAGCACAUCCAUCGGCUGGAGGUGGAGCUGGUGAGCAUCGGCAAGACAAACGCUCAGCUGAGGCUCAGUGUCUCCGACCUGGGGCUCAAACUGAAGACAAGAGAUAAGGAGGUGCACGAGGGGAGGCUGAAGGCGAAGGACCUGGAGACGCAUCUUCAGCGGCUCCGCUCGGAGCUCCAGAGCUGCGUGGGCUUCCUCCAGGAGCCGAGCCGCCUGAAGGAGAGCGUGCUGGCGAUCCACGCCCGCUACGUGGCGCCGGGCGACGGGGGGAUGAAAAGCAGCGUGGAUGAAGACGUCCAGAAGACGCUCCGCCUCCAGCGCGAGUACCAGGAGAAGGCCGUCAACAAGCUGAAGAGCAAGCUAGCCAGAUCCUCUGAGGAGCACGAGAAGGCCUACGAGAAGAUCACGAAGGAGAAAGGGACUCUGAUCGCUGAAAUCAACGAGCUGCGCAAGGAGCUGUGCGCGGCGAGGGCGCAGGUCAAAGAGCACACGGCUCGGCUGGCCGCCCUCAAGAGGUCCCGACGCGCCGCGCCCUAAAGCGGAGGAGGCGGGGGCCUCAGAAGGGGCCCGAACACGCGCAACAGGGACGCGGCGUGCAAAAUGAGCUCAUCACAGCAACACUAGUUUGGCUCAAAUAUAAGAUACGCUUUGUGGGGAGAACAAAACAUGUCGUUCGAUCACAUGUUCACCACAAAGUCAUUCAUUGGUUGUUAAAGACGCAAUAACAUUAGAUUUGAUGUUUCUGUUUCGAUGGCGGCUAUUAGACGGGGAUUCUGUUCAUGCAGGCGUGCUGAAAUGUAAUGUGAAUGCGCAGCAGCAUCUUAUCAAAUCUGUCAUAGAUUUGCAUACAGGAAUAAAGUUUAAAUGUUGAAUGAA